AUGGCGACAAGCAGCCUUCAAGCCAACCUUUCUACUCAAGCCAACACCAGCCAGCCCUACCUGCCCAUUCAGACUCAUGUGCAGCUUAUCCAGAUAACGAUAUAUAUUCCCACCUUUAUCCUGGGCCUACUGUUCAAUGGAAUGGCUAUGUGGUUUGCCUUCCACAAGAUUAAGAAACUGACAGAACCUGUGAUUUACAUGGUGUCCCUUAUGAUUUUAGAUACCUUGGUGCUCUUUGCUCUUCCCUUUAAAAUGAUUUCCUAUUCUGAAAACACAUGGGAACUUGGGGGCAUCUUUUGCUCCUUUCUGGAAAGCCUGUACUUCGUGAACAUGUAUGGGAGCAUCCUCAUCUCCACGUGCAUAUGUGUGGACAGAUACAUUGCUCUCCUGCACCCGUUUGUAGCGGUGACCCUGAGAUCACCCAAGAAAGCUGCCAUAACUUGUGCUAUCAUCUCAGCCGGGGUCUGGGCAGGAACUGCAUAUACUUACCAAUUCCAUGGACCCCAAGACCGUAUGUUAUGCUUUUAUGGUUUUUCCGGAACCAUUUGGAAAAGCAGAGCAUUGCUCAUCAUCCUGGAGACAGCCUUUCUUGCCUGCCUGACAGCUAUGAUCUUCUGUACAGUUCAGAUCAACACAUCUCUGCGUAGAAACCAGCGGGGAGAUGAUCCCCUCACCAUCAGAAGCAAAUUGGUCAAUAUAAUCAUGGCAAACCUAGCCACAUUUACGGUCUGCUUCACCCCUUUCCAUGUGGCACUGGUGUUGUAUCAUCAGGUGAAGAAUCAGACUUUAGAUGAUGGCCAGGAAAUUAUUCGCACAUUUCUUCAGAUCAGCCUCUGCUGGGCUAACCUCAACUGCUUUCUAGAUGCUAUCAGCUAUUAUUUUGUCUUUGAUGAGUCUCUAAAACUUUCCUCUACUGAGACCAACACCACUAAUGUUGUUUAAAGCAUAUAUAUGUAUAUUCAUGGUCAGGUCAGAAUUGAGAUAGGACCACAGGGACUCUAGCUCAGUGUGAAAGAGCCCAUACUUUGCAUGCAGAAGGUCACUGGUUCAAUCCCGGGUAUCUCCAGGUAGGUCUAGGAAAGAAUCCUUUGGGGAUCAUUUAGUAUAAACCUGUAGCAGGAUAUAAAUCUAAAUGAAAUUAA